CAUUGUUGUGCUCGAGUCGGUUCUGAUAAUUAAUUUCAAAAAGCAAGCCAUGAAUACCGCAGACCUGUUCUUACGCAGCUACAUUGUAGCAGCUCUCCUCCAGUGUUUCGCAUGUGUACUAGUCGACAUCCGGCCGUUCCAGAGGGCUAUUCUACAGGCGCACAAUUUCUACAGAAGCCAAGAACCCGCCGCUAACAUGCGUGCUUUGAUUUGGGACAACAACCUCGCUUUCCGAGCAGCGCAGUGGACCGAAACGUGUUUCUUCGAACAUCAGCGGCGAGGCUUCGGAGAAAACCUAUCCUACUUCACAAGCACCGGGCCGUCACUUCCGCCACGUACGGUUGUGCAGCGCUCCAUCGGCCUCUGGGCGGCCGAGAGACCUCUUUGGGGUCGGGGUCCACAAUGCGGGGCCGCUUGCCAUUAUACCCAGCUGAUCUGGGCAACCACGACCCGGGUAGGGUGCGCGCUGAGUUAUUGCCCCUUGCUGCUGGUAGGCAUGAGCCAGAUGCAAAGGAACGCGAUGUACUUUGCCUGCUUUUACUCGCCACCCGGUAACAUCAUCGGCCAACUACCCUUCAUCCCGGGUCCGAGAUGUUCCCUCUGUGAGCGUGGCAUGGCCUGCGUCCGAGGACUGUGCUCUCCAAUGCCGUUUGCAUUCCGACGAAGGCGCUCGGCUAAACUGUCAGCAAAGUCGGAGUUCCUCGGAAUAGUUCGUGAAAGAUCGGACGGGGUUUAAAACGUGAACUGGCUUAAUGCGGACAGUGUAGCAAAUUGUCUUUUUCGAGUACGAGCAUCAAAAUAUGAAAAUUUCCGAUUAAUCGUUGCUUGUUCUUGGUUGGUAACAUUUGUCAAGUGUUUUCAAUUUUUAAGAGUAAAAACUCGAUUUAUUGUGCGAUUUUGUGUGUGCUUUAAACUAGACUGUAUUAUUCAACCUGCACAAAUAUAUUUGUCGAAGAGUU